UGGAAUUCAAUUCCACUUGCCCUCAGAAGUUCUCUGUAUUAGCUAUUUCUAUAGCUCCAAGCUUUCUGCGAUUGGCUUCUCAAGGAGGCUGAGGAAUUUCUGCUAGACGGAAGCGAAUCAACCUUUUAUUUCUUUACUUUCUUUGUUUUUGUGGUGGCAAAGAAGAGAAUCUCUAGGAUUGUGGCUGAGAAAAAAAGAUGAAGAUUCAGUGCAACGUGUGUGAGGCGGCGGAGGCGGAGGUUCUGUGCUGCGCGGACGAGGCGGCGCUAUGUCGGCAAUGCGACGAGAAGGUUCAUGCAGCUAAUAAGCUGGCUACUAAGCACCAGAGGGUUCCUCUGUCUACCUCUUCCUCUCACAUGCCCAAAUGUGAUAUUUGUCAGGAAACAGCUGGCUAUUUCUUCUGUCUGGAGGACCGAGCCUUACUAUGCAGAAAAUGUGAUGUGGCAAUACACACAGCAAAUUCCUAUGUCUCUGCUCAUCGGAGGUUUCUGCUUACUGGUGUAAGAGUGGGUCUUGAAGCUACUGAGCCUGUUGCUCCAUCGUCCUCCAUGAAGUCAGAUUCUGGGGGAAAAGUGUCAGAUGUGGUAUCUACUUCUAUCUCCAAGAAGGUUUCUUCAACGCCUCAGCCAUCUGAAUACAAUGAAUUGUUACCUACCCAAGUUGGGGGAAUUGAGGAGUUUCAACCAACCAAAGUGUCUUAUGGUGGUGGUUCUACUAACUGGCCGCUUGAUGAAUAUUUUGGUUUCAAUGAAUUCAGUCAAAAUUUCAAUUUCAUGGAUAAUGCCAAUGGUCCAUCCAAGGCUGAAAGCAGCAAGUUUGGGGAUUCGGAUUCUUCUGUAUUAAGAUCUAGUGAAGAGGAAAUGGAUUAUGAUGAUCACUUGGGGUUUGUUCCGGAUUCGUCUUGGACGGUUCCUCAGAUCCCUUCCCCUCCUACGGCUUCAGGCUUAUAUUGGCCAAAAGAUCCUCGAUAUUCAUCGACUAAUAAUGCUAUGUUUGUUCCUGACAUAUGUUCUCCUCACAUCCAACAGCCUCUUUAUGCUCAGAGAAAUAGUACGUUAUCAAAGCGGCGAAGGCGACAGUAAUGUCUUUUCCUUAGAGACCAUUACUGCGGUGUCUUAGGUUUUCUGCUCUUUUAUUCUGUGUUAUCCUGGGAUGCAAGCUUUAUAAGCUGUCUUAGGUUAGAGAAGUUUAACUUUAGCAGCUGCAAGUUUAUGUUCAGGGUUGUCUUGAGUUUCUUAUGAGUGUGCACCAUUAGCUCUACAUUUCGCAUUGGGAACUAGCUGAAGAAAGCAGCAUUAAUAAAGGGAGUGUAAAGUACUUUUGUUGCUGCAACAUUCUCACUUCAGUAGAAGAAUCCACUAGAGAUUUAUUUAUUUAUUUAUUUGGCUAUGGUAGUGAUUUUUUCCCCAA